AUGUAAGAUUAAUAGAGCAUGUUUUCAGUAUAGAGUAACCCUUGGAAUAAGUUGAAUACAAUAAAAGAAAAAGGUUAUAUGUUGGCCAAGUCAAUUGAUAAACAUCCAGAAUUCAAAACAGAAAUUUUAGAUGCUGUAGGUUAAUAAUAAACUAAGAACAUCUUUAAAGAUCCCAUAAGUAUGUAAAUAUGUAAAUACGAUUCUACAAUUGGUCCAAAAUUAGAGAAUAAUAAAAUUGUUAUACGAUCAAUUGUAGGUAAACCAGAUAUUUUCAAAAGGAAAUUGAGUUUAUUAACUGGAUAGGAUCCAAAAUCAAGUAGUAGAAGAACAUUUGCUAAAGGAAAUACUACAAACACUUUUAGAAAUAAUAAUAACACAACAAAAACAUAAUAAGUAUUUACAGGUGAAGAUUUAUUGGCUAAAGUAAAUUUGAUUGAGAAGAAUUUGUUUGAAUCAAGAUUAAAGGAGGAUCAAGAAUUGAUGAAAAUGCCAUUCCAAAAAAAAUAGAUUUUGUUUAAAGAAACUAGAGCUUUGGAAGAAUAUUUAAAAUUAGAAAAGGAAUAAAAUAAUUUAUUAAUUGGAGUGACUAAAUAAGUAAAUAAAGAUCCAAACAAAUCAUUGAUGGUAGAUUGUUAUAGAUUUCGUAGAAAAUAAGAGUAUUGUAAUACAAAUGAUUCAUUAAAUAGAAAUAAUGAUGAUAAGACAAUGAAGAUAGUGUAAAUAACAAUCUUUAAUUAGGGAAAUAGAUGAUGAUAGUGGAUAUCCCUUAUUUAUGAUGUCAUAGAAUGAUUAAAUGAUACGAAAACCAAGUAUCAUCAAUCAGGAUGAGACUACUUAAUCAAUAUUGAAAUAAUUGAAUGAUGAACCAGUCUAUCGAAGUUUCUCAAGCAAAGAUUAUUUAAAAUCUUAAUCCAAUAGAUAUGCAAAGAUAGCUGCUGAUAAAAUCAAUAUAAAUAUAGAUAAUUUAUUAAUUUAAGGAUAGAGUAAAUUGGAUUAAGAAAUCAAAUUUGAUAUAAAUGGGAAAUAUUUACUAUAAACUAUUGAUAAAGGUAAUGGUGAAGAGACAAUUACUGAAAACUAUUAAGGUUAUUAUAAAAUAAAUUAUAAAUGA